CGCACGUUAGCCUUUCCACAGACGCGGCGCCGCGCACGCCCGGUGACGAGCUGUGUUCGCGCGAACGGCGGCGGCGGGGGAGGAGGACCGGUCCGGGACUUGUCUUUCACUGAGUCCACAAGAUGUCGGACAGUGAUGGGAGCAACUUUACUGAUGAUGAGAGUUCCCGCAGCAGUGAGGGAGAAGAGCAAGAGGAAAAUGAGGAGGAGGAAGACCAUGCAAGCAGGGGCGGCAGCGAGAAAGCAGAGGGAGAAGGAGAGGUAGAAGAAGAGGCAGAAGAAGUUGAUGAGGAGGAGGAAGAAGAGGAGGAAGAGGAGGAGGAGGAAGAAGAGGAAGAGUAUGAUGAGGAAGAAGAUGGACGACCCAAGAAGAAGCCGCGACAUGGUGGAUAUCUGGAUGAAGCUGAUGUGGAUGAUGAAUAUGAAGAUGAAGAUCAGUGGGAAGAUGGCGCAGAAGACAUCCUUGAGAAAGCCUCCAACAUUGAUAACCUAGUCCUUGACGAAGAUCAUUCAGGAGCAAGAAGAUUGCUGAAUCAUUGGAGAGACAAAAGAGAAGAGGAACUUGGUGAAUAUUAUAUGAAUAAAUAUGCCAAGCCAACUGCAGGAGAUCACUUCUAUGGUGCUUCAGAUGAACUCUCGGAUGACAUCACACAGCAACAGUUACUACCUGGUGUAAAAGAUCCCAAUUUGUGGACUGUGAAAUGUAAGAUUGGUGAAGAACGGGCAACUGCCAUUUCCCUGAUGAGGAAGUUUGUUGCCUAUCAGUAUACAGAUUCACCACUCCAGAUCAAGUCUAUUGUUUCUCCUGAACAUGUGAAGGGAUACAUUUACGUUGAGGCAUACAAGCAGACUCAUGUGAAGCAGGCCAUUGAGGGUGUGGGGAACCUCCGGAUAGGGUUCUGGAACCAGCAGAUGGUCCCCAUCAAGGAAAUGACAGAUGUGCUGAAGGUGGUGAAGGAGGUGACCAACUUGAAACCCAAGUCUUGGGUUCGUCUAAAGAGAGGUCUCUACAAGGAUGACAUUGCACAGGUGGACUAUGUUGAGCCAAGCCAGAACACCAUUUCUCUGAAACUGAUCCCAAGAAUUGAUUAUGAACGCAUCAAAGCUCGGAUGAGUUUAAAAGACUGGUUUGCCAAAAGGAAAAGAUUUAAGCGGCCACUUCAAAGACUGUUUGAUGCAGAAAAAAUCAGAUCGCUGGGUGGUGAAGUUACCACUGAUGGAGACUUCCUGAUAUUCGAGGGCAAUCGCUACAGCAGGAAAGGAUUUUUGUUCAAAAGUUUUGCCAUGUCUGCAGUUAUUACAGAAGGAGUUAAACCCACACUUUCUGAGUUGGAAAAGUAUGAGGAUCAGCCAGAGGGCAUUGAUCUGGAGGUGGUUACUGAAUCAACAGGCAAAGAAAGAGAACACAACUUGCAACCUGGAGAUAAUGUGGAAGUUUGCGAGGGUGAAUUGAUAAACCUGCAAGGGAAGAUUUUGAGUGUGGAGGGCAAUAAGAUCACAAUUCUGCCCAAACAUGAGGAUCUGAAGGAUCCUUUAGAGUUUCCAGCCCAUGAAUUGCGCAAAUACUUCAAAAUGGGAGACCACGUGAAAGUGAUAGCAGGGCGUUAUGAGGGAGAUACAGGACUGAUUGUGCGAGUGGAGGAGAAUUUUGUCAUUCUUUUCUCUGAUCUGACAAUGCAUGAGCUGAAAGUACUCCCGAGGGAUUUGCAGCUAUGUUCGGAAACGGCAUCUGGAGUAGAUGCAGGGGGUCAGCAUGAGUGGGGUGAACUGGUGCAACUUGAUCCACAGACUAUGGGAGUCAUUGUCCGGUUGGAGAGAGAGACAUUCCAGGUUCUUAACAUGUAUGGGAAGGUGAUUACUGUACGGCACCAGGCAAUAACCCGGAAAAAGGACAAUCGGUUUGCUGUGGCCCUGGACUCUGAACAAAACAAUAUUCAUGUGAAAGACAUCGUCAAAGUCAUUGACGGACCGCACUCGGGCCGUGAAGGCGAGAUUAGACACUUGUAUCGUAGCUUUGCAUUUCUACACUGUAAGAAGUUGGUGGAAAAUGGUGGCAUGUUUGUCUGCAAAACGCGCCACUUGGUACUUGCUGGUGGUGCAAAGCCAAGGGACGUUACAAAUUUCACAGUAGGUGGUUUUGCUCCUAUGAGCCCACGGAUCAGCAGUCCGAUGCACCCCAGUGGUGGAGCCCCUCGAGGCGGCGGAUUCGGAGGACAAGGAAUGGGGCGUGGUCGAGGACGCAGAGACAACGAUUUGAUUGGACAGACAGUUCGUAUUUCACAAGGGCCAUAUAAAGGUUACAUUGGUGUAGUUAAGGACGCAACAGAAUCUACGGCUCGAGUUGAACUUCAUUCCACCUGCCAGACCAUUUCUGUAGAUCGUCAGCGGCUCACCACAGUGGACUCAAAGAAGAAGGGUGGCUUGACGUCUGCCUAUGGUCGCACGCCUUUGUAUGGCUCCCAAACCCCACUGUAUGGCUCUGGAUCUCGGACACCCAUGUAUGGUUCCCAGACACCCUUGCAUGAUGGAAGUCGAACCCCUCAUUAUGGUUCCCAGACACCAGUUCAUGAUGGGAGCAGAACACCAGGACAGAGCGGUGCUUGGGAUCCUAAUAAUCCCAACACACCCUCCAGGAACGAAGAAGACUACGAUUUCCCUUAUGAUGAUGAGCCCACACCAUCACCACAGGCAUACGGAGGAACACCCAACCCACAGACUCCAGGCUACACAGAUGUUCCAUCUCCACAGGUUAAUCCCCAAUACAACCCUCAAACCCCUGGAACACCAGCAAUGUACAACACUGACCAAUUUUCUCCCUAUGCAGCUCCAUCCCCUCAAGGAUCUUAUCAACCCAGCCCCAGUCCACAGAGCUAUCACCAAGUUGCACCGAGUCCUGUGGGCUAUCAGAAUACUCACUCACCAGCCAGCUAUCACCCAACACCCUCACCCAUGGCGUACCAGGCAAGUCCAAGCCCAAGCCCUGUCGGAUAUAGUCCCAUGACACCUGGAGCCCCAUCUCCUGGCGCAUACAAUCCCCAUACACCAGGUUCCAGCAUUGAUCAGGGGUCCAACGACUGGGUAACGACAGACAUCAUGGUCAAAGUCCGGGACACGUACCUGGACGCCCAGGUUGUGGGGCAGACGGGAGUCAUCCGCAGUGUGUCGGGUGGGCUGUGCUCUGUGUACCUGUCAACCACUGACAAAGUGGUCAGCAUCUCGAGUGAGCAUCUUGAACCAGUCACCCCUGUGAAAAACGAUAAGGUGAAGGUGAUUCUCGGUGAAGAUCGGGAGGCAACAGGUAUGCUACUGAGCAUUGACGGUGAGGACGGCAUUGUCCGUAUGGAACUGGAUGACCAGCUGAAGAUCCUCAACCUGAGAUUCCUUGGGAUCCUGAAUGAAGAAGGAACAGGAUCAUCUGGAAAGGAUGUAUAUAGUCGGAAGUAAUAGAACUCUCUUCUGUGAAGUUUUGUUCAGAUUUUUAGGUUUCCUUCUUUCCUUGUGUUUUUGCUUUGAUAAUGUCUUGCUUAUUGUGGGCAGAUGUUAGCAGUGGUUAUCACAAAAGACCGAAAAUAGCAACAACUGGUUGCUAGAGUAAGUGGAGAAAUCGAUAUUAAUUUGGCAUUGAAAAAACUGGCCGUACAUUUUAUAAAAAUGAAACCCAUUUGAGACUUAAAUGGGUAAAUGGUGUUUUUUUUAAUGCAAAAGACAAAGACUGAUGUAUGAAAGGGGUAAAAUGAGUCUGAGAUUUGACAGUGAAGAUAAAUACUUUUUGUAGCAAUCGAAUGGUACUCCUUCAGGAAGAGACGAAAAGCUAUUUUUGUAAUAAGCGCACCUGAGGAGAUGAGAGAAGACACAGGAAAGAAUAGACAGUUUUGACAAAAAUGCUGCAAUUAUUUUUUAAGCAAGCUAGCUCAAAAUAGUUGUGUAAAUUUCUAUAGAAAGCUUUGUAUGUUGCCGCUUGUUUUGGAAAAGAUUUAAAAGUGCUUUGAAAACUGCACUGGAUGUUCUAUUUUCAAGAUUCUGGAGUUAUUGCUCUGAACCGCUGGAGAUUACACUGGAAAUGUUCUGCAGGUCAGGUAGCAUCUGUGGAGAGAGAAAAACAGUUAGCUUUUCAUCAGAACUGGAUAAAGUUGGCGAUGAAGCAACUUUUAAGAUGCAAAGUAAGGGUCGGAAGGGGGGAGAAAAGAACAAAGGAGUGGUGAUGGAGGUUAGGUGGGAUUAAAUGCCAGGAGUCUCACUUUAUUCCUCGCUCAUUCCCUCAGUUCCCAAUUUAUUCCCUUCUGAUUCCAUUCGUUUUGCCAAAAGUCUGAGACAAAAUUUAAACCAAAGUCCCAUCGACAUUCUGGUAUUGCUCCUGAUUUGUGGAUUUGUGAUCUUGUCUGUAUCAGAGGCAGUGAGUAAUGUCUCCACUGCCCGCAAGAAGGAGCUGUCAGAGGGGCUAUUAUUGAGCUGCUUGUGCGCCGAGUGUAGCUGUCAGUGUGGGUCUGGCUGCAGUUUUUAAUUGGCCUGGCACAGAGGAAAGGAAGUUUUGCCCCAGAUUGGAAAACCUGCAGAACUUUGUGUCCAGAUGUAAUGUCAUGAAGUGAAUGCAGAUGUCAGAAAAGAUCACCUGACAGACCAUUUCCAGAAAGGCCUGAAUCUGCUUGAGGUUUCUCCAAGUAAUUGUGAUUUUAAGAUUUCAGAAUGACUGAUAAAUGCAUGAAGAUUCUGCAUCUUCUUUCCCCAUGAACGUAAUGUCAGUUAACCGGUUAGCAUCAUGGGAACAAACAACAUAGUCCAAAGCGUCAGCAGACUCCUUGACCCUAAUUUUAUUGCAUAUAUAUUCCAUAAAUGUGUGAUCAUAAAAGUUAACUUGGAAAACAUCUGCCCCAAAAUGUCUACCUUGGUCUGGUGUAUAGUUUUAAAAGCAAUGUAAAUUGGAAAAGCUGCACACGAUAAACCCUGUUCUACUCAACCAUUAAAUCUUCAGGUUAAUAUUAUUGAACAAUGGCCACUGCUAAGAUCUGCUUCUGCCGACUUGUUUGCUAAAUGUCACCUAAUGUAAAAUGUAUUUCUGUGGUUUGGGAAUACCAUUUGUAUGGCCAAUAUUUGAGCUUGUAAACCCAUUUGUUCCAAAUAGUCAAUAAAAAAAAGACUUGCAGAUCUU